GGCUAUCAAUCUCACUGGAGUUGAAACAGAUUGAAUAUGGCAUUACCACCAUGACCAAAAUGAGAGCCUCCAGAAAAAAAAGAGGGUCUUCAGGACGAGUCUGUACUACUGUGCAAGAGCUCACAGUUUGAGGACACUGUGGACGAUUUUCAAAGCCCUCCUAAGCCUGGCAUUUUUAAAAAGUGCAGGAAUUCCCACUACUGCCUGCUCUUGCAAUCGAAUUAAAAACAUGCUUUUGGUUUGUGAUCUGCAACGGUUUAACAGCAAAUUAGAAAGCAAAAAGAAUGAAAAGUAGGAAGAAAACUCCUCUCUGUCCCUCAAAAGCCCACAAAUGACUAAUAAAGUUUACCUUCACAUAAAUGGGAAAUUAGAUAUGCAAGCUUUGACCAUUAAUCAGAUUUAUUUCCCAAAUCUGGAAAAACACAACUAUAUGAUAUGAUUCACAUUCCGUAGCAAAUUAUUUGACUCAGAACACACAUUUCCCUCUGGUAAUGGCUGUGUCCAUGAGAUUCAGGAGAACGGAGAGGGAAGCCUUCUGGAUUCCCCAGUGGCUGGGUGGGCAGGGUUCUGAAGGAGAAAGAAGCACUAACAUCCCAAAGAACGUCCCUUCUCCUGGGGCCCUUGAGUUAACUAAGAGCAUUGCCAAAGUUUUGGAAAUGCUCCAUCUUCCUCUCCCUGAAGCAUACCCUUGUGAUUCAGCUGAGGACUCCACCGUACCUCAGCUGGGUCUCAUUGUUCCUGAACUGCAUUAGUUAAGGUUACCCAAACUUGGAUUUCAAAGGAAUACUUUCAUUGUUCCAUCUGUCACACCAAGUAAUUGGGGCCAGCUGGAUGUCAGGAUGCGCGUGGUUACCAUCUUAAUCCUGCUCUUCUUUUGUGAGGCCGCUGAACGCAAAGGAAGCCCUGGGGGUGCGAGAAACCGAGUGAAUCACAGCCGGGCUGGCGGGAGCCGGAAAGGCUCCAGCCUGGUCAGACGCUACGCUCCAGGUCUCCCCUGUGAAGUGUACACAUAUCUUCACGAGAAAUACUUAGAUUGUCAAGAGAGAAAACUAGUUUACGUGCUGCCCGGCUGGCCUCAGGAUUUACUGCACAUGCUAUUAGCAAGAAACAAAAUCCGCAUACUGAAGAACAACAUGUUUUCCAAGUUUAAAAAGCUGAAAAGCUUGGAUCUGCAACAGAAUGAGAUCUCCAAAAUUGAGAGUGAAGCUUUCUUUGGUUUAAAUAAACUUACCACUCUCUUACUGCAGCACAACCAGAUCAAAGUCUUGACAGAGGAAGUGUUCAUUUACACACCUCUCCUGAGCUACCUGCGUCUUUAUGACAAUCCCUGGCAUUGUACUUGUGAGAUGGAAACGCUUAUUUCAAUGUUGCAGAUUCCAAGGAACCGGAAUUUGGGGAACUACGCCAAGUGUGAAAGCCCACAAGGACUAAAAAAUAAAAAACUGAGGCAGAUAAAAUCUGAACAGUUAUGUAAUGAAGAAGAAAAGGAACAUUUGGAUCCAAAACCCCAAGUGUCAGGGAAACCCCCAGUCAUCAAGCCCGAGGUGGACUCUUCUCUUUGCCACAACUACGUGUUUCCCAUACAAACACUGGACUGCAAAAGAAAAGAGUUGAAGAAAGUUCCAAACAACAUCCCUCCACACAUUGUUAAACUUGACUUGUCACACAACAAAAUCAACCAACUUCGACCCAAGGAGUUUGAAGAUGCUCAUGAGCUAAAGAAAUUAAACCUCAGCAGCAAUGGCAUUCAAUUCAUAGAUCCCGCUGCUUUUUUAGGACUCACACAUUUAGAAGAGUUAGAUUUAUCAAACAACAGUCUGCAAAACUUUGACUAUGGAGUAUUAGAAGACUUGUAUUUUUUGAAACUCUUGUGGCUCAGAGAUAACCCUUGGAGAUGUGACUACAACAUCCACUACCUCUACUACUGGUUAAUGCAUCACUACAACGUGCACUAUAAUGGCCUGGAGUGCAAAAUGCCCAAAGAAUACAAAGGGUGGUUUGUGGGAAAAUAUGUUCAGAGUUACUAUGAAGAAUGCCCCAAAGACAAAUUACCAGCAUACCCUGAAACAUUUGACCAGGAUACAGAAGAUGAUGAAUGGGAAAAAAUACUUAAGGAUCACACAGCAAAGAAACAAAGUGUAAGAAUCACUAUUGUGGGAUAACUUAGAAAUUGUUCUGGUUGCAGCUAAUUUUGUAUUUGCUAAACUGGUGUUGGAAAACCGCAUGUUUACAUUUUGAUUAACUGUUUUACCUAUUUAUGCAGGGUUACCCAGCUAAAGGAAGGUUCCCUUAAUUAUUAUUAUUGUUGUGACAGUAUAGUAAUCAAGGGAAUACUCUCAUCCUGCUUGCCUGCCUGUUUGCAGAACAGCUUUUGAUGAUGAUUCCACACUGGUAACCUGCAGGAGUUGCGUCCUAAUGAUGGCGUUAGAAGGUCAUAAUGUUCUGUAUAAAUGUUUUUACUGCUUUUUGAAAAU